AUUCCAAUAUUCAAAAUGAAACUGAUUACUGUUGCCGUUUUACUGUCUGUUUUCUGCUAUGGAGUCGAGAGUGUCAGGCUGCAGAACCGCGAAGCCGGGCCCACAGCCCCGCCCUCAGGCCUGGGUAACAUCCUGACGGACACGUUGUGGGAUUACUGGAGCAAGGGGACCGUGCUCGCCAGCGGCUGGAUAGAGGACGUCAAGUCAUGGAAGGUGGACGAGAAAGUCAGAACCUUGUACACAGAAAGCGCGGCAGCGAUCGGGACUUACACAGGGAUCCUUAAAGACCAGCUUUAUCAUUCCUGGAACCAGAAAUAAAACCCGCUAAUACUCAGCGCUAACUCCCGAGACUGAAACAACAUCUAAAUAUCACACAAGACUCUUUAUUUUGUAUAACACGAUUGUCGACUUUACAAAACAGCUGGAAUCUGAAGCCUUCAAAGUGCUUUGUUUGUUAUCUGCUAUUGCAAAUGAAAGUAUUAAAAGUUCUUAAACAUUCUCGAGUUGUUUCACGCUACAUCUUGUGCGUUAUAUUUCCUUCCCUCGCCACAACAUAGGAUUCCUUUACUGUUUCAGAAGUUAUCUUUUUUUUUUCAAUGAGACUGUACCACAAACAAUGCAUUGAGUGUAAAUUGUUCUUGAAAUAAAAUGUUUACUUUGUAAAAAAAAA